AUGGUCUUCAGGAAGUCUAUUAGGAUCCAUAACAAGCCCCCGGCUUCCUGUCCUAGCCCUGACCCUAAAUUGUUGACUCAGGUUGUUAAUGGUAAUGUGUUUAAUUGGUUAACAUCAUUAUCUCCUGCACCGUUACCAGUGACCACUGUCAUCCUGCAGGACCUGGUGGCGGGAGUCUUUAGAGGUGACCAGGUGCUGGUGUUGGCCGCCCUCGCCCUGGGUGCUGACACCUCCGUCACGGUGGUGGACCGUGUUCACCAAGAGUCAUUCUGCAUGUUGAGCGUGGCGGCUGCGAGGGGUCACACUCACCUGGUGCCUCACCUGCUGGCGGCGGGACUCCCCGUGGAGGGUUCAGGGGAGUCCUACCUCACACCUUUACACUGGGCGGCUGGCAGGGGCCAUGACCAGGUGGUGAGGCAGCUGCUCAGCGCCCAGGCUCACCUGCAGGCCAGGGGUCUUGAUGGUGAGACCGCACUACAUGCGGCAGCGCAGCAAGGUCAUGAGUCGUGUGUGGUGACGCUACUUGGUGCCGGCGCUGACCCUGACUCUCGGGACGACGAUGGUCGGUCACCACUGCACUAUGUUGCCUUAGGUAACCACACAGGUGUUGUGCAGAUAUUGCUGAUAGCUGCCGGGUGUGACCGUCACGCUGUAAGCAAGCGCGGGGAGACAGCACUACACGAGGCAGCGAGGGGCGGAGGUCUGGAGGCAACACAGUGCUUGGUGGAGGCCGGCCUCGACCCUCACGCCAGGAACAUACAGGGAGACACACCUCUGGACAUGGCGAGGCUGGCGGGUCGUGACC